CUUCGUUAGAGUCCCACCAAUCUUUCUCGGCCUCUCCCACUCUCUUUCUCUCUCUCUCUCUCUCUUUCUCUCACUGCAAUUUCUCCAGUUCCUUCGGCUUUCACUGAGAGAUCGAAAUGGCGAGAACGAAGCAAACUGCAAGAAAAUCCACCGGAGGAAAAGCUCCCCGUAAGCAACUCGCAACCAAGGCAGCUCGUAAAUCUGCCCCAGCGACCGGAGGAGUGAAGAAGCCUCACAGAUUCAGGCCUGGAACAGUUGCGCUUCGUGAGAUAAGAAAGUAUCAGAAGAGUACUGAGUUGCUGAUCCGUAAGCUGCCCUUUCAACGUCUGGUUCGUGAGAUUGCUCAGGAUUUCAAGACCGAUCUCCGAUUCCAGAGCAGUGCUGUCUCUGCUCUCCAAGAGGCCGCUGAGGCAUACCUUGUGGGUCUCUUUGAGGAUACUAACCUCUGUGCUAUACAUGGUAAGAGAGUUACUAUAAUGCCCAAGGAUAUCCAACUCGCUCGUAGGAUUCGUGGUGAAAGGGCUUAGUGAUUGAUGCCAUUGUUGAUUCUCUGCUUCAUCUUGAUCUUUUGGUUAUUGUAGUGGUGUAAA